UUAAAUGAAAACUAUAAUGAGAUAUCCCAUGCACAUCUCUUAGGGAGAGUGGUAACUUGUGACUGAUUAGUUGUUGUGUCAUUUCAGAUUAUAAAAUGGCUUCUUAUCAUGAAGAUCCCUUGUCACUGUCAGCACUCCUUGAUGAUGACGACAUUGAGCAGCAUCCUGUGGCUGGAGAUUUUGAAAUUCCUGAAGAUUUCAAUACAGAAAAUCAGAACCAUUGUCCUGUCAACUCAUCAUCUUCAUUUACAGUCACAGACUUCUCCACAGCUCCACCUACUCUUCAAAUUCCUCUCCACUCUGAUAUAUACGCAAAUAAUGCACCACAGACCAUGGGCUUUGAGGCAAUGAUACCAGUCAGCAGGCAACCAUCAAAUCCUGCAUCUAUAAAUAACCCUUUUCUAUCCUCUCACUGCGAGUUUUCUAUAAUUCCUGUACAAAACACAAAUCCUAUCCCUGCUUCUGCCGUUUCCAUGCAAAUUCCUCUUGCAUCAUCUAGUAGAUUAAUGCUGCAAAGUCAAAACUCUGGGAGUCCUGCCACUUGCAAUGGUCUUCCAUUCCACUCCCGCCUGGAAAGAAACAACUCAUCGUCAGCUAUAACUUUAUCUUCCAACGAUUGCGUGAUCAAUGGAGGGAAUUUAUUUGCUCUGGAUGGAUCUACAUUUAAUAAUAUAACACCAAGUCCAAUCUACCAAUGCUCAGACUCUCUGGCAACUAAUGUGUUCAAUGAAACUUCUCCAAAGAAUGCAUAUGUGAAUUCUUCAAGUGCAGUGAAGAAUGGUCCUCAAAUAAAUGGUUUUCAUGAUCCUAAUGAUCUCUCUGUUCACAAUCAUGGUUCUGAAUUACACUCCACCACCAUGCCUAAUGGUGAAUAUCCUCCAAUGACAUAUCAUGGAUCAUCUUCAAAUCAAAAAAGCCAGCAAGUCAUCAGAAAUUCCAGUUUAGAAAGAACAACUCCCAUGUCUGAUUAUCCUACCACAUCUCCUCUCACCAAUGGCAACUGUUCAGUAUCGGAUAAAUCAACCCUUGACAGCAGGAAUGCUUCCCGCAACCCAUCACCCUAUGGAGACAGAUGUCAUAAUUGUAUUGUAUUCCAAAAGAAAUUGAGAAACAGCAAGCAGUGGAACAAGUUCUUGAAAGACAAGCUGAACCUUACAGAAAAGCUGUAUAAGCGCGAGCACCAGCACCACUUGGAGCUGCAGCUGGCGUACGACCAACGCACCAGAGAGUGGGAGUACCUGGGCGACCAGCUCGCGCGCCUCCUGCCGGAGGUGGAGCCGCUUAGAGAGAGGACAUCAGAUCUUGAGACGAGGUUAGCAGCUGUGAUCAAGUCCCGGACGGAAAUCGAGAUGUCCAAUAACGCCCUGGAAGCUUCAUGUGCGCAGUACAGAGCUCGGAUUGAGACGCUAGUCGCUAGAGCCCAGCCUCGUAACUAUGAAGUGAUGGAGAAGAAACUCUCCAGAAAGAACAAUGAAGUUCGGAGACUACGUGCCGAGCUGGAAAGUAAAAACGCCGAUAUCCACAACAUGAAGACCUUCAUCGAGUCCCAUAAAAUUUACUAUGAGAAACAAGAGAAGAAAGGCCUGUGGGCUUUGGAUCUCGCGAAAAGAAUUCAUUCUGCUGAAGGCAAAGAAUGUUUGGACGAAGAGACUCUGUCACGGCUGAACUCGACACUGCUAGCGAUGCAGUCCAACAUGAGUUGUCAGUACGAUUCAUUCAUAAGCAAGAAGAAACGCGAACUGAAAGGCGACCGCCUUGGCCUUGCACUUUUGCCUUCCUUCGAGCAAUGGAUCGACAAUUUCGACGAAGAGGAGGAAGGUUCGCCCGGCGAAUUUAGUGAAGACAACGCCUAUUACACCGACUAUCCAGAAAAUUCCGAGAGAAAGAUAAGCGUUCAAGAAUCCACCGUCAUCAAAGAAGAGUCCAAAAAAUCCACAGUUGAAAAGACGAAGAUCGAGGUUCCUCCUACUAGUACCAAGAAUUCCGUCAAGAAGAAACGAGGUCCUUACAAGAAGAAAACUCCUGAGGAGAAGAAUGCCAUGAAAAUUGCAGGCGCUAAAAUUGAACAACUUCUGAUGGGCGCUUCAGAACCAAGAUAUGAAUCCAGUGACCGCAGUUUGGACAAUAAAUGUGAAAGCUCCGCUGAAAGUCUACCUGAGAAAAACAUGGACAGGAAAAAGCCCAAGAAGAAUGCGGCAGGACAUAUCAAUUUUAUUUCCGCUGAACAAAAUCAUGACAGUGAUUUUUCGGAUG